GACAUCAGUCUAUUUCCGACCUAAACUUCAUACGGCGAAGCACCGUCCCUGUGCUCUUGGCUCAGAAACAAAAAACUUAUAUAACUUCCAUAAUUAAAAUGCCGAUAAGCUCAGGAGCCACCACGCCGCCGGUACCACCCUCCAAUGAAACCCUAGAGUCUCGGAGUUUCUGGAAGGCCGGGAAUUAUGUCGUUGCCCCCUCUUCCAAACCUGCUCUGCUACAAGGCUCAUUGGAGCAUGCUCGUGUACAUCCCAAGUUUCUUCAUUCAAAUGCGACGUCGCAUAAGUGGGCGUUUGGAGCAAUUGCCGAGCUAAUGGACAAUGCUGUCGAUGAAAUCCAACAUGGUGCAACUUUUAUUAAGGUUGAUAAAAUUGAUGUAAUGAAGUAUAAAUCUCCAGGUCCAGCUUUACUUUUUAUAGAUGAUGGUGGAGGAAUGGAUCCUGCACUGAUACGGAAAUGUAUGAGCUUGGGUUAUUCUUCUAAGAAAUCAAAUACAACGAUUGGACAAUAUGGCAAUGGAUUCAAGACAAGCACCAUGCGACUAGGAGCUGAUGUUAUUGUUUUCAGUCGAUCAAAUAGGGGAAGCAAAGCAACACAGAGCGUGGGACUUCUAUCUUACACCUUUCUACGCAGAACCGGACAGGAUGAUGUCAUCGUUCCUAUGAUUGAUUUUGACAUUUCUGGUCAUUGGGCGGAGCCAAUAAUUUACAGCUCACACGAUGAUUGGUCUUCUAACUUGAAAACUAUCUUGGAAUGGUCUCCCUUUUCAUCAAAGGAAGAGCUGCUGCUACAGUUUGAUGAUAUCGGACCACAUGGAACAGAAAUAAUAAUAUACAACUUAUGGCUGAAUGAUGAAGGCAUAUAUGAACUGGCUUUUGAUGAUGAUGAUGAGGAUAUUCGACUGAGAGAUGAAGCUCUUCAUGGAGCUACUGGGAUGCUCAGAAAGACGGUUGAACUUCAGUCCCAUAUUUCUUACCGCAUGCGGUAUUCACUGAGGGCAUAUGCUUCAAUGCUAUACCUCAGAAAAUUUAACAACUUCCAAAUCAUAUUAAGAGGGAAACCUGUGCAGCAGUUCAAUAUUGCUGACGAGUUACAGUAUCCAGAAGUUGUAACAUACAAACCUCAAGUAGCUACUGGAUCAAAAGAGUCUUCAGUAGAAACUACAAUUGGAUUUAUAAAGGAGGCCCCUAUAAGAGUUUCUGGAUUUAAUGUAUACCAUAAAAAUCGCCUUAUCAGGCCCUUUUGGAAAGUGACAAGUGAUGGCUCUGUAAUAGGGAACGGUGUUGUUGGUGUGCUUGAAGCUAACUUUAUAGAACCAGCACAUGACAAGCAGGAUUUUGAGAGGUCAUCACUGUUUGUCCGGCUGGAAAAUAGGCUAAAACAGAUGGUUCAUGAUUACUGGAAAACCCAUUGUCACUUGGUUGGCUAUCAACCUCCAGGCUUCGCUGCAAAGUUGAAGAAGCAAUUGUCAUCUUCUCAGCAUAACAGUAGUUCUAAUUUGCAAGCAGAAAGUGAUGACCCAUCUAUUGUACAUAUUCUGGAGGAUGACGAGCUCGGUUUAAGAGGUGAACAACCAGGUAUUGUUGUUCUUAAUGAUGCCAUGUCUGAAGAUGGUCUGGCAUCCAUAUCAGUUGACCAGUUAUGUGAAGAGAACAUACAACUUUUCACGAGGUGCGAGGAAAAAGCACGGAAGGAAGCCGAAUUGAAACAGACGAUUGCGGAACUGGAGAAGGGGUUGGAGGAUAUGAGAAAGAAGUGUGCCCAGCUUUCUUCACUCCUAGAGGCCAAACGUAAACGGAUGGUUACAUAAAAAAAAAA